AUCUCGGUACCGUGUGCCUGGUCCAGCUAAGCCCAGGCUGGGGCCAGGGGCUGCUAUGUGAAUGUCGGCUGUGGGACGGUGAUCAGGGUUUUGGGGUCUGCCCCUUGCCUCGCCCCAGGCAGCACCAUCUCUGCUCCGCGGCAAGCCAGCAGCAGCUCCGACCGGUUUGUGGGUCUCGGCGGUGGGCGGUGGCACCUCCUGCCUGAGGCCAAAUGGAGGGAUGGGAAGCGCUCAUCAGACGCCAAGGAACAAACAAGAGCCGCUUGUGCCCUGCCCGGCGCGGAGCCCAGCAGCAGGGUUGGCACAGCUGCUGCUCCCUGGCAUGGGGCCUAUGGCAGACAGGGGCAGGAGCAGCCACUGAGGAGAAACUGGGGCACAGACGUGUGGAGGCAUCCAUCCUGGUCAUGUAGAAGAAGGGGCCGGGAGUGACGGUGGAGAAAUCCCCAUCCCGGAUGCUGUCUAUUCCCCUACAGCACCCCAGGCUGAGCUGCAGGGCCAGCUCCGGCCCUACCUGGGCAUCUCCCCGUCUGCCCACGGGCAGCAUGUGGCUGCGAUCCUGCACCUGGGUGGCCUCAUCCUGGCCACCGUGGGAGCAGCAGGGAUAUUAGGUGUCAUGGCUGUGGGGAGAAAUGCGAGAGGAGGAAUCCCGGGAAACUGGUUUUACCCCUUCGUCCGGUGCCGGCGGGAUGGCUCCUCCCUCGGCGAGGGCAUAUAACGCCCGCCAUGGUCCUGGCGGGCGGCACUGCGCGGCGGCAGCAGGCACGCGCCGGCGAGCGAUGGCCUCCAUGGGGCUGCAGGUGCUGGGCAUCGCUCUGUCCGUCAUCGGCUGGCUGGCCUCCAUCCUCUGCUGCGCGCUGCCCAUGUGGCGGGAGACGGCUUUUGUGGGCAACAACAUCGUGGUGGCGCAGAUCAUCUGGGAAGGGCUGUGGAUGAACUGCGUGGUGCAGAGCACGGGGCAGAUGCAGUGCCGGGUGUACGACUCCCUGCUGGCGCUGCCGCAGGACCUGCAGGCCGCCCGCGCGCUGGUGGUGGUGGCCAUCGUGCUGGCUGUGCUGGGCACCCUGCUCGCUGUUGCUGGCGGCAAGUGCACCAACUGCGUGGAGGACGAGACCGCCAAGGCCAAGGUCAUGAUCCUCUCCGGGGUCACCUUCAUCAUCGCCGGUGUGCUGAUCCUCAUCCCCAUCUCUUGGUCGGCCAACUCCAUCAUCCGGGACUUCUACAACCCGCUGGUUGCCGAGUCCCAGAAGCGGGACCUGGGCUCGUCCCUCUACGUGGGCUGGGCGGCCUCCGCACUGCUGCUGCUGGGGGGGGGCAUCCUGUGCUGCACCUGCCCGCCGCGGGGCGAGAAGCCCUACUCUGCCAAGUACACGGCGUCCCGCUCGCUGCCGGCCAGCAACUACGUCUAGGAGCCGCUCCCAGCACCCCGCACGCGUCCUGGCGCCUCUCCCACCCAGACCCACCGCCGCCCUGCUGCGCCCACCCAGCCGCCACGGGUGAAUCCUGGGGGGGAUGCCCCCAGGGCACCCCACGGCCCCACGGGGGGCUGGGUUGGGGCCGGGUGCCGGGGUGGUGCGGAGGGGCCGGUGUGAGGGAGGGCAGACAGAGCUGCCUUUGUUCGCCUGUGGAUUGAAGCUGGUUCUUUAAUCCCGUCCGGGACGGGGAACAAAACGCUGCUGUCCUGGCUGCCUGCCCCGCUCCCCCCCGCGGCUCGGGGGCACCUGCAGCAUCUCCUUGGUGAAGGAGCCCCGGCUGCCGGUAUCGGGGUGUGCCGUGCCGUGACACGGCCCUGAGCGCUGCGGGGUGCCCGUCCCGCGGGUGACACACAGCUCCGGCUCUGGCCGGGGGACUCACCCAAACGCCACUGCGAAGUCCGGGAAAACCCCAGGACGUGUCCUUAGAUCACCACGGGGCAGCGAGGACAGCAAACCCAUCCCACGUGGUUAGGGGACGUGGUGACUCAGCAAACCCCGGCACGGUCUUGAGGGGUGGCUGGGGUGCUCUGACCCCCUGUGCCUUGUAGUUUUACUUUGACCUACUUUCGGCAUUUUUGUGUAGCUCUAUGUGCGUGGAAUUUCUCUUGGCAGCUCCCCGGGGCGCGGGCAUCAUUAUCCUGGGAGUGGGAAGGCAGCGGCUGGGCUGGGAGAACCGGUCGGGGAGGCGGGAGGGGAGCGGGCGGUGUGCGGGGCUCUGCACCGGGCUUCUCACCCCUGCUGUGGGGCAGGAGCCGGGGUGGCCCGGGGGGGGCUCACGGCACCCCUGGCUGUGGCAGUGCCUGCUCCCGUGUCGCAGCCAUCCCACAUUAAACGGCAGCUGCUCGGACCCCGCUGUGCUCCGUUGUCUUUAUCCUCUGGCCGCAGUGGCGGGGCAGCCUGUGGGGCCUCCACUGUGGACCCCACAUCUGGAGAACACUAGCCUCAAACACCCCAAAAUCUGCUCUCCAGAGGGACAGCGCCAGCCUCCCCCGGGCUGGGGCCUGGGGCCAGCCGCUCUCUUCGCCCCUGGUCCAGCCUUGGCCUCCCUGCCACGGCCGUGUUCCCCUCCUGGGCCACCGGGAGACCCCUGGAGGUGACAGCGGGUGCCUCGAAGGUGAGAUGCCUUCACGGCGCCAGGCGUGGCAGCGGGGCCGCCCCACGCUAUUGCAGGGCCCCAGGCAUCGGGACCGGCACCG